AUGAGACGUAAGUUUUUUUUAUUUUUUAUUGAAAACCUCUAUAUUGCAAACAAAAAGCUUUUUUUUUUGAUUUUUUUAGCAAAAAACUUUAAUAUUUUUUCAACUUUGUCAUAAUUUUGAUCUUUAGUGUUAUACCUUGCCUGUUGGAGUGGACUUCUUUUCGCACAAAGAAGCUUAUUGGCCAUGGGGAUCGGCAGCAAAGAGAUUGAGCGGCUAAAAAAUCCAUUGGAGAGCCUCUGGAAACGAUCUGUAAAUAGGUGGGUUUACUGUAACAGGGUCAAAAUUACAGUGUUCAUAGCAAAAAAAAUUUAUUUUUUUUUUAUUUUUAGAAAUGAAAAAAAAUAUAAAAAUGAUUUUUUUUUUAUUUUUUCGUAUUUUAGAAACCCUGAAUUCCACACAAGGACCAAUCACAACCGACACCGCGGGAAACGCCAUCACAGAGACGAACGCAUUCUUUACAUCAUAAAGAAGAAGCCCUUGGGACGGAAGCGCCGGUCCAUCUCGGAUGCGGUCAUUGAAACUGGUGAGUUUACAGCUAACAAGGGAAGUACCACAAGUGCGACUCUCAGAUUUUCUUUAAAUUUUGCACACACGUCGGGAAUGGACCAAAUAUCAAUUCCUGAAAGUUUUAGCUCGCGCUUUGCAGGCGCCGCCGAGAUAUCGGACCAUUUUUGCCGCCGAGAGAGCACGCUCAACGUGGAGAGCGGUCCGAGAGAAAAGCGCUUUUUGACCAUAAAUUUGGCAGUUUCGUGCGGAAAAAAAUCGAUUUUUUGUAGAAACAUUACCCUCUAUGGUAGAAAUAGGCAUAAAACUUUUCGUGCCGAAAUUCGGCAAAAAGUGUAAAAUUUUCGCCAACUUUCGAACUAAAAAUAUCGGUUGUCUCUGCAAAGCGCGAGCUAGAAUACUCGCAUAUAUUAAAAAAAAUACUCUAAAUUUGUACCAAGUUUCAUGAGAAGUCUAAACGGUUCAGGAAAUGCGCUGAAUUGACGUUUAAAAAUGUAAUAUAAAGAAGGCGUGUAACACCCUCAAAAGGGCAGAUAAGCCUUUUAAAAUGGCGAAUAAAAAGAUUACUGUACAUACAUUUUUUUUUGAAAUACAUUUUUGUAAUUUCUUGAGCCAUUUUGAGAUGAAAUUUUUCAGCGCAACCCUUUGAUUAUGACCCAGCGAGGGAAAAAAAUUUGAUCAAGAAUUUUUUUCAGUCUGUCGGGAAAAUAAUAAACGCCAUGUCACCUAGCGUCGCUGAAGUGAAAAGCAAUUUGACUUUGCCGCAUCACAAUUCAUUUCCUCGGCGUCGAUGCGAUUUUUUGUGCUACAGAGGGCUCAUUAUUUUCCCGACAGACUGAUAAAGUAUAUAGGGUACUAAAUUCUGACAGGGGAAGUACUCCAAGUGCGACGCCCAGAUUUUGAUGAAACUUGGCACAAAUUUAGAACAUUUUUUUCUAAGGCAUAUGCGAAAAUCCCAACUCGCGCUUUGCAAGAAACAACCGAGAUUUUUAGAUCAAAAGUCGGCCAAAAAUUAGGACUUUCUGCCGAAUUUCGGCACGAAAACUUUCAUGCCUAUUUCUACCGUAAAGGAUAAUGUUUCUACAAAAAAUCAAAAUUUUCCGCACGAAACUGCCAAAGUUAUGGCCAAAAAAGGUGUUUUCUCUCUGACCGCUCUCCACGUUGAGCGUGCUCUCUCGGCGGCAAAAAUCGUUCGAUAUCUCGGCGGCGCCCGCAAAGUGCGAGCUAAAACUUUCAGGAAUGAUAUUUAGUCCAUCCCCGAAGUGUGUGCAAAAUUUAAAGAAAAUCGGAGCGUCCCACUUGGAGUACUUCCCCUGUAAAAAAAAUAUUUUUUUUUUUGAUUUUUACCAAUGUUUCAUAUCUCUUUUGCUUGAUUUAUUUUUCAUUUUUUUAUUUUUCAUUAUUUUCAGCCCGUUGCGAGCACAUCGAGCUCGUCGACUGCGAGGCCUACGACUCGGACGAGAUGACCUGCAUGAUCACCGCCACCGGAAUGCCCUGCUGCAUUUGCAACGGCAAGCUGAAGUCGUUGAAGGCGCGCCGACAGAAUUGGAGUCUCUGGUAG